ACCAUCAUCAUCAUGUGCCAUGUCAUUGUCACCUGCCGCUCCAUGUUGUGGACUCUGCUCAGUAUUGUGGCUGCGUUUGGGGAGCUCAUCGCCUUUAUGAGUACAGACUGGUUAGUGGGAUAUCCACGCACUCCAGACGCAGUCUUUGGCCCCCAUGGGGCUACCACUGCAGGAGAGGCAUACAGGCCCACACUUGGAAUCUACGGCCGCUGUAUCAAACUGCCUCACUUGCAGAGGGGCAUCCUUUGUGGACCAUACGCUGUACACUUUGGGGAGAUAGCCAGCGGGUUCUGGCAAGCUACAUCAAUUUUCCUGGCAGCAGGAAUCCUGCUCUUAUGUUCAGUGGCAUUCAUCUCUGUUUUCACUAUGUGCUUCCAAAGCAUCAUGAAGAAGAGCAUCUUCAAUGUCUGUGGACUUCUGCAAGGGAUAGCAGGAUUGUUUCUCAUCCUUGGGCUCAUGCUGUACCCUGCUGGCUGGGGUUCAGAUAAAGUUCAGCUGUACUGUGGUCCUGAUGCUGCUCCGUACCGGGCUGGGCUCUGCUCCAUGGGCUGGGCCUUCUACACUGCUAUGGGGGGCACUGUGCUCACUUUCGUCUGUGCUGUGUUCUCUGCACAAGCAGAGAUUGCCACAUCCAGCGAUAAAGUCCAGGAGGAGAUUGAGGAGGGCAAGAGCCUCAUCUGCCUCCUCUAGGCACUUUGAUACAACAUUUGCCCUUGUGCUUUGUUCCCAUAAGGCCACUGUGUUGUUUACCACUAAGACUGAUUCUAUGUGUGGGAAAAUACUUCCAAUUAUAUUUUCCAUUGUCUUUCUGCCACUAGAGGUGAAGCAUUCUUCUGCCCACCUUGUCUUUUGUCAUGCUCUGUAAACAUGUGUAAUUAUAUAUUUGUACAUAAUUAUGAUGCAGAAUGCUGAUCAGCGUCAUCCAGGCUGGGCUGAUUCUGUCACUCUUGCCUUAAACACUGGUGUUUUUCAUUUGUCACCAGACCAUACGACCAGCAAACCUGGAUCUUUUCUCAUGUGCCAAGUGUGUGAGUAAUAACAAGGGAACCACUACUAGUCUCAGUUACUCAAUGGCCUAGUCUAGAGUGGAGGUCCUUAAAGCUAAGAGAAUGUACUGUCCUUUGAAUGAUUGCAGAUUUUUUAUUGCAUUAUUAAAAAAUCAUAUGGACUGCAGAAGUGCAAACAAAGCCAGCUCUAUGAUGCAUUUUGUUUGUUCUUUUAUUUUAUUAAUGAAGUGAUCUUAAAUCUAUAACUGAGGCUAAAAGAUCUGAAUAAAGUCUGUAUGUCUGGGCCUUUACAGAUAUCCUUGUAUUUGUGCCCAAAUAUAUGAACUUAACGAUGAGGAAGAAGAUGGUUUCUUAAGUAUUGCUGUUAUUAUCAAAUGUCUGAUUUCAGGGAGAGCUGUCCAACCAGCAAACUGGAGUUUGUCUAGUCAUAGUGUUUUGUCCAUUCCAGUUUGUUUCUGCCAAACAAAUAAAGAGAA